AUGGAAAUUCUGACACGCAAAAGUAAUUUAGUGAAAGUUAACCAAGAGGCUCAGAAAGCAGGCCUAGUGCGCAGCAAUGUUUCUUUCUACAAGAAAGCCCAGGGAUACACAGCAAUUGGCACCCCAAACUAUCUGGAAGUGAUAACACACAAGAAAGUCUAUCUGAGUCUGUUCAGAAAGCUAAAGGAUGUGCAUGUAACCAUCCCCGAAGAAUCAGAGAACAGCGCAGGAAAUCAGCAGGAGAGCACAGAAGGCGCAUAUUUGAUAGGAGACAAGUGGGUGGAGUAUUUGGACAACGCCAAAAUAGAGAACGAAAUAGAAAUAUCCUCGAACAUAAACGAUUCGCACAUGCACAACAGGACGCUCAUUCUUCUUUUGAACGACAAGUUGGUUUUGUACAGCAAGUACCUGAAGAAAAUACAGGAGAUAGGCCUGAAAAUGAAGUAUGCAGAAAAAAUGAGCAUAGCAACACACAAGAACAAAACCGUUAUGGCAAUAGUCAGCUCAACUGAGCAGUGUGCUCUGAUCGUAUACGACAAAGACGUAGUCAAGGACAUGAAAGUCUCAAAGCGAACAAAAGAAGUAAAAAUAGUGGAGGACAAGGGAGAAGUGUACGUUGUGAUGGCAGAGUCAAACAAAAUAAGAAUAGUUGGCGCAUUCACAGAGCUUGAUAAAACCGUGGAGACAGACCACAUCAAGAGCAUAUGCCAGAUAGAGUAUUCAAAUGGAGUUAUAUACACCGCAUCCCCAGAGGGCGUUGUGUGCACCAUGGCGAUAGAAGACAACGAGGCCACAGCAGUGUACGUAGACGUAGAGGGAAUAGAUAAGAUAGGAGUACAAUAA